ACAUCCGGGCUCAAAUGUUGAGCCAAUUGCUGGUCUGAUGGGAGGGUUUUUCCUAUUUUUUGUUACUUUUUAUCUGGACGUUGGCGUACCUUUCUAGAGGUGUCUGCGUAAUUGCCCCGACUUACCUUGGUUUGGUCAGAUGACACCUCCUCUGGAACUGGCUAGCCAGCGUUUAUGUCUACAUUAUUGAUCUCGUCGUCCCCUAUGUGAGUCAGUCACCUGUGAGCUCCUAGAGAUGCCUUAUUGGAGGAACUGGAACGCUCCACCCUUCAGGACAGUGAUGAAUAUUCCAACCCAGCUCCUCUUCCCCUGGAUCAGCAUUCCAGAAAGGAGAGUAACCUUGACGAGACUUCAGAGAUCCUUUCUGUUCAGGAUAACACAAGUCCCUUGCCGUGAAGCCCAAGAGCCAAAGGUAUCAGCACCACCUUCUAAAACGUCAGCAGCUGCUCAGUUAGAUGAGCUCAUGGCUCACCUGACUGAGAUGCAGGCCAAGGUUGCAGUGAGAGCAGAUGCUGGCAAGAAACACUUACCAGACAAGCAGGAUCACAAGGCCUCCCUGGACUCAAUGCUCGGGGGUCUGGAGCAGGAAUUGCAGGACCUUGGCAUUGCCACAGUGCCCAAGGGCCAUUGUGCAUCCUGCCGGAAACCGAUUGCUGGGAAGGUGAUCCAUGCUCUAGGGCAAUCAUGGCAUCCUGAACAUUUUGUCUGUACUCAUUGCAAAGAAGAGAUUGGCUCCAGUCCCUUCUUUGAGCGGAAUGGCUUGGCCUACUGCCCCAACGACUACCACCAACUUUUUUCUCCACGCUGUGCUUACUGUGCUGCUCCCAUCCUGGAUAAAGUGCUGACAGCAAUGAACCAGACCUGGCACCCAGAACACUUCUUCUGCUCUCACUGUGGAGAGGUGUUUGGUGCAGAAGGCUUUCAUGAGAAGGACAAGAAGCCAUAUUGCCGAAAGGAUUUCUUAGCCAUGUUCUCACCCAAGUGUGGUGGCUGCAAUCGUCCAGUGUUGGAAAACUACCUUUCAGCCAUGGACACUGUCUGGCACCCAGAAUGCUUUGUUUGUGGGGACUGCUUCACCAGUUUUUCUACUGGUUCCUUCUUUGAACUGGAUGGACGUCCAUUCUGUGAGCUCCAUUACCAUCACCGCCGGGGAACGCUCUGCCAUGGAUGUGGACAGCCCAUCACUGGCCGUUGUAUCAGUGCCAUGGGGCACAAGUUCCAUCCUGAGCACUUUGUGUGUGCUUUCUGCCUGACACAGUUGUCGAAGGGCAUUUUCAGGGAGCAGAAUGACAAGACCUAUUGUCAACCUUGCUUCAAUAAGCUCUUCCCACUGUAAUGCCAACUGAUCCACAGCCUCUUCAGGUUCCUUAUACAAUUUAAACCAAGAGAGGAGAGGAAAGGGUAAAUUUGCUGUUCUGACCUUCUGCUUAAUAGUCUUAUAGAAAAAGGUGAUGAGCAAAUAAACGAACUUCUACACUUUACAUGACUAGGCUGAUAAUCUUAUUUUUGAGGCUUCUAUACAGUUAAUUCUAUACAUUCUCUUUCUCUCUUCUCCAAUCAAGUACUUGGAGUUAGAUUUAGGUCCUUCUGUCUAGUCCCUCUACAGAUGUAUUUUCCACUUGCAUAAUUCAUACCAACACUGGUUUCCUUAGGUUUCUCCAUUUUCACCUCUACUGAUGGCCCUACUCAGAUCUUCUCUAAUUUGGUCCUGAUACUUGUCUCUUUUCAAGUUUUCCCAUGUCCCUGUGGCUCGCUGUCUUACAAUCACUGCUGUGAAAUCAUGAUACCACUCCUACCUCUUUGCAUCUUCCUUCAGUGUAUUUUUGUUUUUCAAGAGGAAGUAGAUUUUAACUGGACAACUUUAAGUACUGACAUCAUUGAUAAAUAAACCAGCUUGUGGUUUCAAUAA